AUGUCAACACAUGAUUCUCAUCAGCUUAGUUCUUACAACAGUGAUUCUUUAAGUUGGGCUAAUGAAGAUGAAUUAAAUGAAUCAAAUGAUUCUCCUGAUCAACUUCCGUCAAGUGGAGUUACUGUUACUAAUAGUUUAGUUACAGAUAAGGAUGGUUUGGAAAAAGAAUGUGGUAAUGACUACGAAUUAUCAACUGGAACAGGCAAUUUAAAAGCUCACCUUC